UCCUAUCCACUUCCAGCGCUCCUUCUUGAUUUAUUCCUCCGUUGGAAUCUGGUUUGUUCUCCCGCUGUAGAUUGUUUCUGAUGGUGUCUGGUCAACGGAUCCGAAGUAUUUAGCGUAGACAGCUGUUAAUAAACACCUGUUUUUUCUGGACGAUGGCUUUCGCAGUUCUCCAGGUUUCCGCCCCAUACAGUAGAACUGUCUUGACAUUUGUAUUGAAAAUCCUGACAUUGGUGUUGGUUGACAGUUGCUUUGAGUUCCAGAUGUUAUUCAGUUGUAAAUAUGCUGCUCUUGCUUUGCCGAUCCGCGCUUUCACAUCUGCAUCAGAUCCACUGUGUUCAUCUAUCAUAGUGCCCAGAUAUGUAAAGGUUUUUACAUCUUCCAAAUCUUCGUCAAUUGUGAUUAGACUGGUGCAUGCUAUGUUGUAUUGGAGAAUGUUGCUUUUCCCUUUGUGUAUGUUGGGACCUACUGCUGGUGCUACAAUCUGAUAUUGAUACAGAUAAAAGUG